GGUCCCCUCCACUUUGGGGGGAUAUUCUGGUGGAAGGCGUCUACAGGAGGAUUCAGAGCCGAGCAGAGGGAGGAGAUGAAGCGACAAACAUCUGAAGCCCUGAACACCUUUGUUGGGGCCAGUUUCAGUGGCUUCGGGGCCAGUGCAGGAGGGGCCACAGAUGUUUCCCGGUCCAGCUCACAGGCUUCUGUCCAGGGCAGAGCUGGAGAGAGCUCCCACACAGAGAUUCGGUGUCACGUGUUCACCACAGGGGGCCCAACAGAGAGCAGUUCUCUCCCUCAGUGGAAAACAGGGCUUGUAUCCAAUAACUCAACGUGGUGCGUUAUCGACCGUGGCUCCCAGCUGAUCCCAGUGUGGGAGGUCAUCCUGUGCAAUCACAGCAGGGAUUUUCAGUCUGUCCAUGGAAUGAGCCGCGCCCUCAGGGCUGCGUACAAAGCGCUGACAAAUCAGAGCGUCGGCAGCGCUUUUGGGGAGGAACUGGCCAGUGCAGUGGAAGAGGCCAGAGAGUUCAUGGAGAUUGUGAAGACCUGGGAGGGGGCAGUGGAUGAAAAGAAACUGCUCACACUGAUGGAACUGAAACAGGAUCUGAGUGCAAAAACCAAGGACCCCAGAGUCUGGAUCAACGUGUGCCUGUCGGACAAAGCCCUGCAGGACUUCCUGGUGAACACCGUGAGGAGUUACCAGGAGUCACCUCCAGAAAACUCCACCUCUAUCAAGGCAAUCUUGAGGAGCCUCCUGGAUCCUCAUAUCUAUUCUGUCAAGGACUUCCCCGAGUCUUCCUUCAUUAUGCAAUGGAUCUUCCAGACUGACCACAGGCUUCCCAAAACUCCCAAUGUCUCUGAACUUGAAGAGCUCCUGCAGACACUGCAGCAAACGAUGGAGCACAUCCAUGCUGUCACCUACGCACCAGGAACCUCUGCUUCUGCCGUCCAGGAAGCAAAGAGAGAAGCCACCCUGACCACAGGCCUCGCAAUUCAUUCCUUCCUGCGGUCUCUCCAGGAAAGGGCUCAGAAGGACAUGGAACUCUUGGUGCUCUUAAUUGCGACCAGCACAGGGUACCAGGUGGGAAGCAGCACUUUUCAUCACCUCCUUGGCCAUGCAGAAAUUCAGUACCUGGCCCAGGCAAUGGCAGCGGCACACGAGCAGUACGUGACUCUGAAGGAGCAAGAUGCUGCCAGAGCUGAGGCCUCCCUUCUGCUGACGGCUCUGACCGUGACACCCCAAAGCAAAGAGCUGUCCCCAGAGCAGAAGAGGGAGCGGUUGUCACAGCCAGCAGAUACCAAGAAAUACUUCCUGCAGUGGAUGAAGGUCUUUAUGGACGACCUGUCCUCCGGUCACCUUGAGGAACUGAGGAGAGACUAUCACAAGUUAUGGUCUGAAAUCCUGGAAAAAAAGAAAAGCAAGGAAAAAACCAAUCCAAACCCUGAACUGCUGAGUAGGUUGGAGGCCCUCUCUGAUGAAAUCAACGAUUCAUCCGUUGGCCUGGAGCAUCUGCUGAGAGAGGUAGGGCAGAUCUAUGAAGCUCUGCACUUAAGGAACUCAAAGAAUGAAAACGUUGUCAAACUGUCCCAAAUGGCAGCAGAGCUGAUGGUUUCGGGAUAUCCCGUGGAGCUGAUGGAUGGGGAUGCUUCUUACCUGCCCCUGCACUGGGUGGGAGCAAUCUUUGACAGCCUCAUUGAGAGGCUGGGGGACAAACGAGUGUUUGUUCUCUCCGUGCUCGGCAUCCAGAGCACAGGGAAGUCAACCCUGCUGAAUGCCAUGUUUGGGCUGCAGUUCAACGUCAGCGCGGGGAGAUGCACUCGAGGAGCGUUUAUGCAGCUCCUGCCACUGGACGAGCAGCUGCAAGAGGACGUGGGCUUUGAUUACAUGCUGGUUGUUGACACAGAGGGCCUUCGUGCCAUAGAGAUGGCCAAUAAACAGUCCCUGAACCAUGACAACGAGCUGGCCACCUUUGUCAUCGGCAUCGGCAACAUGACCCUGAUCAACAUCUUUGGGGAAAAUCCCUCAGAAAUGCAGGAUGUUCUUCAGAUCGCUGUGCAGGCUCUUCUGAGGAUGAAGAAAGUAAAUCUUUCCCCCAGCUGCCUCUUUGUCCACCAAAAUGUGGGAGAAGUUACUGCCAAGGAGCAGAACAUGGAAGGACAAAGACGUUUGCAGGAAAAGCUGGAUGAAAUGACCGUGGUAGCUGCCCAGCAGGAAUGCUGUGACGUCUCCUCCUUCAGCGAUGUCAUCCGCUUUGACGUGAACACCCACAUUCACUACUUUGCUCACCUGUGGGAAGGAAACCCCCCAAUGGCACCACCCAACCCCACCUACAGCCACAACGUCCAGCAACUGAAGUGCAAAGUUCUCCAGGCUGCCAAGGAGUCCCAAGGCAGCAUUUUGACGCUCUCCAGCCUGAAAGUCCGUAUUGGUGACCUCUGGAAUGCUUUGCUGAACGAGAACUUUGUUUUCAGCUUCAAGAAUUCACUGGAGAUUGCUGUGUACAGGAAACUGGAAACUGCCUUUAGUCAGUGGACCUGGAGGCUCAGGAGUCACAUCUUAGAUGUACAAAUGAGACUCAACAACAGAAUUCGGAACGGGGACUUGCAGCAAGUCACCACAGAACACCUGGAAGGGCUCGUGCAAGAGACAAGUGAUGCCAUCGUGACAGACAUGGAAAAGUAUUUCAGGGAAGAGAAACACCGUGAGAUGCUGGUCCAGUGGAAAGGUAGCACAGAGCUGAAGCUGAAAGAACUAAAAGAGAAUCUUCUUCUUGAAACUCGGAAGAAAUGUCAGAAUCUCAUUGAACUGCAGAAGACCCAGAGUAAAGUGGACGCAAGGAAGUCAGAAUAUGAAGAUGAGCUCCUGAGAAAGAGCAGGGAGUUGGCUCUGACGCUGAAAGGCAAGAGCCUCAGUGAGAUACAACUGAGAGACAAGUUUACUUCUCUCUGGGCCGAGUGGAUUACUGAAGUCUCCCGUGCUGCUCCCCCACCGGAACGGGUGGAUAUCGAUGCGGAAAUAGAAGAUGUCCUUCUGGAGCAUUUUAAGGAGCCUGGUUUCCAUGCACGGAUCAGGUCAUUUCCCAAACACAGAGGAUUUUCCUUGGACUUGAAGAAACAUGUCACAAAGAAAAAGGGUUGGAAAACAUACCUCCCGUGGAAUGUUUCCAAUGCUGAUGUGAUCUUGCAGGACAUCACAGACAACAUCAUAGAUCGUGUGUGGGCAAACAUUGAUAAGAAGGAACAGGAGAAACGGGAUUACAGUCGAACCUUUAUUCAUGAAAUACUCCAUGAAGUACAGGAAGGUGUGAACUCCGUCCCCAGCGAUGCACAAUUUAGGGUUAACAAAGAUUACAUCAUAGAUUUAUCUCUGUACCUGUGCAGAACGGCAGCAGAAAGGUUUAAAGCCAUGCACAAAAUGUUCCAGAAGGCAAAUGACCCAGUCGUCUACCUGAACAGCAAGAGAGAAGAUUUCUUCACAUGUUUCCAGAUUUCCUGCCAAGGAGCCACUUCUGUCACAGCUUUUGCUGUUUUCCUUUGUGACAAGCUUGCCCCAGCUCUUCGCCGGGCCGUCUAUGAGAGGACAGCUAAAGCCAUCGCUGGGGACAUGCAGGGGAAAGUCCCAGAUUUCCAGGGCAACAGAGCCAAUCUGGAUGUUUGUAUCCUGAGAUUCCUGGCACAAGAAGAAAACUUCCAGUAUUUCAAGCAGUACCUUGAACAUCCAAAAGAGUUUUUUCAGUGGUACAUUGAGAGACGUGUUGAGAGUUACUGUUUAGGUGAGAGCCGGAGGCUGGAGAAGUUUUUAGAUUCCUCCCUUGAUGUUCUCUAUGGAAACAUCCUGUCAGCUGUUGCUUCAUCAACCCAAAGGGUCAAAGACAGAAAAGAC